AUGAUCCCGGACUCUUCGUCAAUCGCUGGCUACACCAUCUUCCGGAAAGAACCCAAUGAUCCAGUGCCGGACUUGUCAAGACAACGCCAGGUCCAUCCUCUAGAUCAAUUGUCGGUUGAUGAGAUCCGUGUUGCGUCGGAGCUAAUCAAAGCGUACACAUCUCCCAAUAUCAUCAAGUUCAACUGCCUCACUCUGUACGAGCCGGAAAGAGCUGCUUACACUGCUUUCCGUGAUGGCACGGGCUCAAAACCUGACCGCAAGGCGUUUGCAAUUGUCAUUUCGAAGGGCACAGCCCAGGUUUCCGAAGUCAUCGUGAAUCUUACUCACUCCGCUGUGGAGGGUUGGAAAGAUGUUUAUCAUGUGGCACCGACUCUGACCUUGGAAGAUCUCGACAUAUGCGAGCGGGUGGCCCGUAAUGAUGCGCGAGUCAUACAGGCGUGUCGAGAUGUCGGUAUCACCAAUAUGGACAAGGUGUUCAUCGAUGCCUGGGCUAUCGGCUUCGACCAUCGAUGGGGGAUGGACCGCCGGUUGCAGCAAGGCAUUGUCUACUACCGCAAUUCACCUUCUGACAACCAGUACGCCCACCCUCUCGAUUUUUCAGUCGUCGUCGACACUGAGAAGGAAGAGGUUCUCUCGGUGGAUGUGCGACUUGUCAAUGGUGAGCGAACACUGCCGCCCUUGAAGGAGCACAACUACAUGCCUGAGUUCAUCGGAGACUCGUACGACACGACCAAGCUUAAGCCGAUUAACAUCACGCAGCCUGAGGGAGUGUCAUUCCACAUGGAUGGGAACGUCUUGAAUUGGGCUGGAUACAAGAUGCACGUUGGGUUCAACUAUCGCGAGGGCCUCGUCCUUUCCGACGUUUCCAUAUAUGAUCCUUAUGAGAAGCGUGAUCGCUCUCUGUUCAACCGCAUUAGUGUGGUUGAGAUGGUGGUACCUUACGGUAACCCUGAUCCUCCUCACCACCGCAAGCAUGCCUUCGACGUCGGUGAGUACGGAUCUGGUCUCAUGACAAAUUCGCUGAAGCUCGGAUGCGAUUGCAAAGGUGCCAUUCAUUACAUGGAUGCCAUCAUGGCCACCAGCAGCGGUGACCCAGCAAUUGUUGAGAAUGCAGUUUGCAUUCAUGAGGAGGAUAACGGAAUUCUCUACAAGCACACUGACUACCGUGAUGGCACUGCUGUGUCUGCCCGAGACCGCAAACUCAUCGUCUCUCAAAUCAUCACCGCGGCUAAUUACGAGUAUGCCUUUUACCACACGUUCAUGCUGGAUGGAACCUACAAGCUCGAGAUGAAGCUCACCGGGAUGCUGAACACGUAUUGCAUGCAUCCAUCGGAGUCUGCUGCCCCGUAUGGUACGGAGGUUGCCCCGGGCGUCAAUGCACACAAUCAUCAACACAUUUUCUCACUUCGAGUCGAUCCUUCGGUUGACGGCUCAGACAAUUCUGUCGUUCAAAACGACGCUGUCCCCUCCGAUGCACCGGUGGGGUCUCCAGAGAACUUGUACGGAAACGGGUUCUACUGCAAGAAAACUCCCCUUCUCACGGCAAAAGACGGUGCUGCAAGGUACUGUCACGAGACGAGCCGCUCGUGGGACAUUAUCAACCCGAAUGUCAUGAAUCCCGUGGCUAAGAAGCCUGUCGCGUACAAGAUUCUCAACAGCAGCUGCCCUGCACUUCUCGCCAAACCCGGCAGCAUGCUUUGGAAGCGUGCAGCCUUUGCCCGAGAAAGCCUCUGGGUUGUGCCGUAUCGAGACCACUUCAUCUUCCCUGCCGGUGAUUAUGUCUGCCAGUCCACCGGAGAGGUUGGCCACCCAUACAACAAAACCAUUGAGGAUUUUGCGGUGGAAGAAGAAUCAAUUGUCAAUCGAGACAUUGUGUGUUUUAUCCAGUUUGGGCUUACACAUUUCCCCCGCACUGAAGAUUUUCCGGUUAUGCCAGCCGAGCCGGUGAGCGUCAUGCUUAGGGCCUCGAAUUUCUUUGUGAAAAACCCGGCACUUUGGGUUCCGCCCUCAAAUAUCAACUCUGAUAACACCUCAAGUGCUGCAUUUCCUGAGGAGAAAGUUCGGACUUGCUGUGCUGGAAAUGUUUCCGUGGGAAGCAAGCUCUAG